ACUGAAAACAAAACCUCUACAAAAGCUCGGUCCUCGGACACGUCUUUAUCAGAACAAGAUGAAGUUUCUGUUGUUGCUUCUCUUCUGUCAUGUCUCAUCUCCAGUGAAACACUCACUCAAGUUUUUCAUCACUGCAUCUUCUGGAGUCCCAAACCUCCCAGAGUUUGUGGCUACUACAGUAGUGGAUGAUCUUCUGGUGGGUUACUGCGACACCAACAAAAAGAUACUAGAACUCAAACAGGACUGGGUGAAAACAUUUUUAGAAAAAAAUCCUCAGCAGUUGGAGUUUUACACUCAAGCAUGUAUUAAGAGUGUGCCAAAGUUCUGGAAAUCCCAAAUGGAUCACUUCAAGCAUCACUUUUACCAGAAUAGAGGUGUCCACAUUUUCCAGAGGGUGUACGGCUGUGAGUGGGAUGAUGAGACUGGAGAGGUGAAUGGUUUUGAUCAGUAUGGUUAUAAUGGAAAAGACUUCAUAUCAUUUGACCCGAAGACAUUGACAUGGAUCGCUGCAAAACCACAAGCUGUCAUUGUCAAACUGAGAUGGGAUGCUGACAAAUCUAGAAUAAAAUACAAUGAGAUUCGCCUCACUGAGAUUUAUCCUGAAUGGCUGAAGAAGUUUGUGGACUACGGCAAGCGCUAUCUGCU